ACGGCAGAAUUUGACUUUAAAACAACAAGCAUAUCUUUUUAACAUUUAUUUGAAAAAAGUUAUUAAAAAAUCAUUGAAAUUUAUUAAAAUGCCACGUCUUAAGCCAACAACCAAAGUAGAUGUGAUAGGAAACUUGGAUUUAAGCCCCGAAAAGGCUGUUGGCGAUUACAUUGAAUCCAAGCAGCAAAAGGAGUUCUUUGUCAAGCCACCAAAUUGGGAUUCAGCCGGGGAUUCCAUAGAGCUGCUCUACAUACGCAAUGAACGUGAACAUGCGGCCAUGAUGCGUCUGCAAGAUGAAAUGCUUGCAAAUGCUAAAACCCAGGCCGCUGGAAAUGCUGCUCGUAUACGCAAAUUGUAUAAAAUUCAUGCAAAUUUGCGUAAACGUUUCAUUGAGGUCAACAAUUUCAUAAAGGAUUGUUCCGAUAAGAAACGCAUAGCCGAGAAGAAGGUGGCCGAGGAGACGGCCAUGCAUAAAGAGUUGAGGGAAAAAAUCGCCCAAUAUAAAACUAGCAUUGAGGAACUAACCCAUUUCCGUGAUGUCUUGAAGGCCACCGUUAAGGAAUUUGAGCCGUACGAAAAGGUAUUGGAAGAAGUUGUUGAAAAGUCGGAUAUUUUUGAGUCGGUGAAAGAUUGCAUGGAUAGAUGUGAUGCGUUGAUGCUAGCCCAAGUGGAAAUUUCCCGCUUGGAACAGGAGAAACUUCAAGAAAUUGAGGAAAUGCGCAAGCGUAUGGUCAAGCUAACCAAUGAGGCAGCUCUUACAGUUUUGGGCUUGAAAAAUGAUCUGGCCGAACUGGAAAGAUCCUAUAAUGAAGCUCGCGCAGAAUGCUCGAAAUGGGAGAAAAUUAUGGCCAAUGCCAAGGAUACUGUUGCGACACAUGACUUGAAUAAGGAUCGGGCCUUGGAUGGUAUCCAUUAUAUGUAUCGAUUGCUAUGCAAAAGGAGAAAUAUGGAUCCACUGUAUCAACGUAAUGAAAUCGAAAAGCAAUUGGAUUAUAUUAAGGAUGAAAUUGAAUUGUUAAUAGAAGUCAACAAGGAAUGUGCAAAGCAACAGGAUAAAUGGAAGUUGUCGCCAAAAGCAAAAUCAGAGAAGCUUGGAAAACAAAAAAAGGAAAGUUUCGAAACAAAAACAUAAAUGGAAAUUACUCCCAGCAACAAAAUAUAUAAGGAAUCCUAAAUUUAAAAAAAAUUGGUUGAUGAAAAAAAUUCCUAUAGUUCUUAGAAGUCAAAAAAGGGAAAGUUUCGAAACAGAAAUGGAAAUGUUCCCCAAAAACAAAGUCAGCGAAUAUAGCUAAAGAAUCAUAUAUUUGUAAAUAAAUUUGGCUAUCGCCAAAAACAAAAUCAGAGAAGGCUGCUAAGAAAUCUUAAA